AUGGAGGGCCCAAGUACCGGCGCAGUGAUGGAUCUAGAACAGAAGGCGGCGACGAUCUCGGACCCGAGUAUCGACAUGCGCACGCGAGUGGCGACGGCGAGUGAGUUGCGGGAGGCAGUGGACGGAGUGCGGGACGCAGACGCCGGCCGAAUAUUCCCGAGCCUGGUGCCGACGCUGCUCGAGCUGAUGCGGACGACCGAAGUGGCGCUGCACAAGGGCCCGGUCCCAGCAGGCGCAGAGGCUGCGUCCGUGUCGAACAGCGCCGAAUACACUUUCCGGCGAAUAUUGAUGGAGGCGCUUCAUCGCGUCUGCUUACAUAAUUGGAGCGCUAGUGGCAGCCAGGAGAGUAGCCGGAACGUGCUGCCUACGCUAUUGAGCGGGAUGUUCGAAAUCUUGAGGAGAGACAACGAGGAGAACGGAGUCACGGCGUGUCGCGCGAUCCAGGACAUUGUCAGGACGUACAGGAUAUUCACCGACGAGAUUGUUCGCGAGUUCUUGGACAUAUUCAGCCAGCAGCUCGCGCAUCUACCUCAGAUGAUAAAUGAGACUCUUAUGGCCCCGCCAGACCCUCGCGCUUUACCACCGGCUAUGCGCUCUUUCCGUGUACUCAGCGAAAUGGGGAUUGUUAUCGUCACGUUCGCUCAGACCAUCGGCUCCAUACAGAGUACACCGCGCUUCGCCGGUCUGAUGCCCCUUCUUCAGGGUAUCGUACCUCGUAUGUACGAAGCAACCUGUCUGGAAGCACCGGCACAGCGCGAGGCACGGACGGAGUUCGAAGCUAUGGGCGGGUUCUGGAGCGGUAUGGCCCCUACGAUACCCAACGCUGCUGCAUAUACGGACUACAUCACGGCACAGAUCAAGAUGGUCUCAUAUCUUGCAUACAUCAUGCGAACGCACUCGGAGUACGCGGAAAAGUUUCUUGAGGGACUCGAGCUUGCGGCUCUUCGUAUCCUGCAGGACAUUCCCGCGACGGCGUUGUCCUCACGUCGGGAUCAUAUGGUUGUGCUCCGACACUUGCUCACGCUACCUCAGCGCAAGGCAAUCCUACCGCACAUAGACAAGUUGCUCGACGAAAACGUGCUACUUGGGCGCAAUGCGAGUACUCGGGAGACGCUUCGAGCUACCGCGUAUGCUGCCAUCGCGGACCUAGUGCACCAUGUCCGGAACGAGCUCACGAUGAUGCAAUUAGCCCAUGGUAUUCAUGUCUUUUCGCGCCUAUUCCACAAUCCGGCGCUUUCAAACGGGGUGCACACGUUGGCCGGCAAGAUGCUCUUCGGUCUCGUCGACACAAUCGUCACCAAGGAGUCUCGCGAUGAAGCCGUGCGCAUCAUCACGCUCUUGCUCGAGGUCUCAGUCGACCGCCUCGAAGCUGCUGUGGCUAUCUUGCCCGAGGUCCUCGAGCGGAUCGAGCUCGGCAAGAAGGGCGAGGACGACAACACCCUAGUUCAUGUCGUCGAAGCUGCCCGACCCAUCGCGCCCGCAGUAUACGCGACUGAGAGGCCAGAGGAGGUACUCGGAGAUAUCCGACUCCUGAUACGCACCCUCGUGCACGGCUUCCGCGUCUGCUUCUCCUCGCUGAAGAAGGUCGAGAACACCGUGGUUGACGGUACACUUGUCACGCGCUUGUUUGACGGCUUCAUCUCUGCCCUGACCUUCUACGAGCCGGAGACGCGCGAGUCACAAGAGCUUAUGGAAUGGCUCGCGCAAGCGUUCUACGACAUGGACGCCCACGUCGUGCAGCAAGUUUGGACGCGGCGCAUGGACUUCUUCUUCCAAUGUGCGCGCAAACGACCCGGACUCGUGCAUCUCCCUCAGCUGCUCUACGGCAAGGAGCAUAUCUCGCCGACGCUGGUCGCUGUGGUGUUAGAGUACCUCGUCGACCACUUAACUCAGCUUGGCGAGUACGACGACGCGACCGCGGUCAUGACGAUCAAGCUGUUCAAACUCACAUUCAGCUCGAUGAUCGCGCUGCCCUCUAUCAACGAGCCUGUCCUCGCGCACUUCCUGCCGCGGCUGAUCAUGGACAGUUUCAGCUGCGCCGCACAUUCCAAUAAGGCCGUCAACUACUAUCACCUCCUUCGCGCUCUCUUCCGUGCGGUCGGCGGCGGUCAAGGCCGUUUCGAGCUUCUGUACCAACGCAUACACCCGUUACUGCCGGAGAUAUUGGAGAACUUGAAUGCGCAGCUCAUGGUCUCCGACGGCUUCGCGCGCGACCUGGUGGUCGAGCUCUGCUUGACGGUUCCUCUGCGCCUCACGCAUCUGGUACCCCAGCUGCAGUACCUCAUGAAACCGCUCGCACUCUCGUUGAAGGGCCCCACAGACCUCGUCAACCAAGGCUUGCGUACGCUUGAACUUUUCAUUGACAAUCUCACACCCGGAUGCCUCGACCCGACGUUGAACACGGUCUUGCGCGAGCUCACCGACGCGCUCCACGGUCUCCUUCGGCCGCUCCCGGCCAACCAUCAACAUUCGCAUACUGCACUCCGUAUUUUGGGCAAACUAGGCGGUCGCAAUCGGCGCCUGCUUGAUCUCGAGCCAGAGAUGGACUUCCGGCACUACGCCGCACCCGCAGCAGUACUCGUAUCUAUGGGCCGCGAUCUUGAGACCAUCGACCUCACACAGCCCAGCAUUCUUGCCGCGCGUUCGUUGAGGAAAGGCGGUACAGGCUCGCACAUUCCACACGCGUACGCGUUCCUGGAGAACUGCGCCGCUCUGCUCGUAGCCGACGGCGCGCGUGGGAGGAAUCGGGAGGAAGUGCUGGAGCGAGCGCUAGAGGGCAUCUUUGACGCGCUCAAGAUCGAGAGCCUCAAGGGGCAAGCGUCGGACUUCAUCAAGCAGGUCUCAGCCAGCCUCCUCGCGCUCGAGCUGCGCCGGCUUAGUACACAGGCUGCAGACCCGCGCACACCGCCACACGCAUCGCCAGUGUUCACUUGCCUCACGAACGCGAUCGUGUACGGUCUCACGCUCGACCGGGGAGGCGAGGCGAACGAAAGCGCAACACUCGUCGCGGGCGUCAUCGCCGACUUCGUCGCUGCGGCACGGAGAGCGAGCGCUGAUACGGUGCCGACGUUCAGAUUCCUCUCACGCAGGCUCACCGCGCUGGCGGUGGAGGACGGCUGGGCGCGUAAGCGCGCGUGCGUCAUCGGCAUCCAGAUUCUGCUCGACACACCCAACGCUGAGCCGCGGUGGCUCGACGAGCGCGAAGCAGAGAUCGCGAGGACGUUAUUCCACAUCCUCAAGGACAUGACCGGCGAGAGCGAGAGCAAUAUCGAGCUCGUUACCAAUCUGCUCCAGCGCAUUGUGCGACUCGCGAUACGCCCUAUCCCGGCCGGGGAACCGAUGCCUGACCGCUCAAAGCCGGCACAGGUCGUCGGGAUUUUGAUCGCCGAGCUCAGCGCGGCGUCGAGCGUGGUACGCAAGACGGCUGAAGAAGCGAUUGAUCUCGUCAGCACGCUCGUCGGGCGCAAGGUCUCCGAGAUGCUCAGGCCCAUGCGCGAGCGUAUGCUCGCGAAUGUCUACACCAAGCCGCUGCGCGCUCUGCCGUUCAACAUGCAGAUUGGCAUGAUUGACGCGAUGAGAUAUGUGGCGGCGCUAGAUCCACCAUUGCCGGAGGUGAACGAUGAGCUGUUGAGGCUGUUGCACGAGGUGUUGGCGCUGGCAGACGCGGAGGAUCAGACGCUGAUGGGGAGAGGGAACAAUGCGAGGCAGAGUGCGAGGGAGAUCAUGCGGCUGCGGAUAGCAUGCAUUAGGCUGCUGAGCGCGAGCUUGCCGCUCACGGAUUAUUAUUCGAAGCAACCGACGACAAGGCAGAAGCUCACGGCUGUGUACUUCAAGUCGUUGUACUCAACGUCGCCGGAGGUGAAAGAGGCCGCGCACGACGGAUUGAAGGUCCUGCUCGCGCAUCAGAGCCGUCUACCGAAGGAGCUCCUCCAGACGGGUCUGCGUCCUAUUCUGAUGAACCUCGCGGACCCGAAGCGCCUGUCUGUCGCCGGUCUCGAAGGCCUCGCGCGUCUGCUGGAGCUCCUUACCAAUUACUUCAAGGUAGAGAUCGGCCACAAGCUUCUGGAUCAUUAUCGCGUCGUCGCGGACCCUCAGUUGCUGUCUACGGCGGCGAUGACGCCCGUGCGCGCUAUGGAGCCUAUCGACAAGCUUGUCUCGCUCACCAACAUCUUCCACCUGCUGCCACCGACGGCGAACAUGUUCCUCGAACCGCUCACGAAUGCGAUUGUCCAAACGGAGGCGCAGAUGCACUACUCCGCUGAGAGCCCGUUCUCCAAGCCACUCGCCAAGUUCCUCGAACGCUACCCGAUCGACGCUGCGGACUUCCUGAUGCGCAACUUGCAUCUCCCACGCCAUGUCCGUACAUACCGCAGCAUCCUUCAAGCCGGCCUCGCACCUGCGCUUGCUCGCGAGAUCGCCACACGCACCCCGUACCUUGUCGACUACUGCCUUCGGAGUGGAAACGCGGCGCUGCUCUCGCCCGCGCUACAGAUCUUUGACGAUCUCUCGGAGUUCGACAUCAACUGGUUCUUGGACUACCCUCUCGUAAUCGAUGCGUUGCUCGACGUCUGGCGGCAGGUGCUCCCGCCCUUCGGGCAGAGCAGCAGCGCCGGCACGAUCUCCACGGCCGUCCUCAACCACAAGCUCAUCCUCGCGCUCUUUGCGAAGGUCAUGCGCAUGCGCCCGCGCGUCGACUUGCCGUUUGAGAUGAUCACGGUCUUUACGCGCAAUUACCCGAUGGAUCUCAUUCGCCCGACACGCUUGCUGUAUGACCUCGUAGCGUUCAGUGACGACGUCGCGUACCAGCGCAGCGUAUUCUACCGCUUCCUCGCCGGUCUCGAGCAAGACGUGUGGAGUAUCGAGCACAAGACGGCCAUCCUGCGGCUCAUCAUCACGCCCAUGAUCGUCUACCGCGCACGCUCGGCUUCGCGCGACGCGUUACUCGACUCCGGCCUCGUCAAACAGAUCCAUAAGCUGAUCUUGAUGCCUAUGAUGGCUGAGAACCCGCUUCUUGACGGUGACUACCUCCUGCACAUCGAGCUGCUGCACUUCACGACGGUCCUGGUUCAGAACUACGGCCCCCAGCUUGAUGAGGCCCGUCGCGACAUCAUCAAGUGCACAUGGAACUUCAUCACCAGCGAGGACGCUAUGGUACGCCAGGUCGCGUACUUGCUCGCGGCCAACUUCUUUGCCGCGUACGACACGCCGGAGAAGUUCAUCCUCCGUGCUUGGACGGGUUUGCUGAAGCCGCCGCACUACGAGUCUCGCACGCUCGUGAGACGGGCGCUCAAUAUACUGACGCCGAGCUUGCUGCGGUGUAAGUCGGCUGAGGACGGCUUCCCGGUGUGGGCGAAGACGACGAGGAGGUUGCUCGCCGAGGAGAGCCAUGGUCAGUCG